AGCUUAGUCACAAAAAAAAAAUCGAUACAGUAAAAAAGAAACAGAAAUUCCCAAGUGAUAAAGUGAGACAGAGGAAGAGAAAAAGGGUAACAGAAAGCAAUUGGAGAUUCUACUGAGAAACAAUGGCUACGCUCUGUACUUUGAUUCUUCCCAAAUUUCCUCAAUCCAGAGGAAUAUCAACAACUCGUGCUGUGUUAACGAGGGAUUCCAAAAUGAAGGUUCCUUAUGAACUGAAGCAGGGACAAUCUCGUCUUUUUCACAAGCUUCCCUCUGGUCUAAACAUGGAGGUUCUCUACCAGAGGGGCAGUGACCCAGAUGAGGAACAGAGAAGAUCUACUAAAAACCCACCUUUAGUAUUUGUUCAUGGAAGCUUUCAUGCUGCUUGGUGUUGGGCUGAACACUGGCUCCCCUUCUUUUCCCAAAAUGGAUAUGAUUGUUAUGCUCUAAGCUUGCUGGGACAGGGAGAAAGUGAUUCACCUGCUGCUGCAGUUGCAGGUACCCUCGAGACACAUGCUGGUGAUAUUGCUGACUUCAUCCACAAAGAGAUCAAGUUGCCACCAGUAUUGCUUGGACAUUCAUUUGGGGGGCUUAUUGUUCAGUAUUACAUUGCAAAUAUUAGAAGAGAAGCAGUAAAAGGUUCUGAUUCAGAAAAGAAAAGCUUAUUCCCCAAUCUUUCUGGAGCGGUGCUCGUUUGCUCGGUACCCCCUUCGGGUAAUAGUGGUUUAGUAUGGAGAUAUCUCUUCUCCAAGCCUCUUGCUGCUUUCAAGGUAACUCGGAGCCUGGCAGCCAAAGCUUUUCAAACAUCUUUACCUCUUUGUAAAGAAACAUUUUUCUCAGCAGGAAUGGAGGAUCAGCUGGUUGCACGUUACCAACAGCUAAUGACUGAAAGCUCAAGGAUGCCUUUGUUUGAUCUAAGAAAGCUCAAUGCAUCUCUUCCUGUCCCUCGACUUGAGGAUCCUGCAUUUAAAGUACUCGUAGUGGGUGCAAAGGAUGAUUUCAUUGUGGACAUGGAAGGACUCAAUGAAACAGGAAGAUUUUAUGGCGUCCCCACAGUCUGUAUUGAAGGGGUUGCUCAUGAUAUAAUGAUAGAUUGCUCAUGGAUAAAGGGUGCACAACCGAUCCUAUCAUGGUUAAACAGCUUAAAUAAAGCUGGGACACAAAUAUGAAGGAAAAUUGCUCCCUGUUAAUGUCCGGAUUUUGUUGAUUAGUUGAAACCACUGCUUUGGCCUUUGAUUCAAUCAAAGAUUGAGAGGUUAAGAUAGAAUUGAAUUUGUACUCUUUGUAUUAUGGCUUUUGGAGAUCUGUUGAGUAUAGAUCGAUGUUGAGAAACUAACAAAACAGAAACAGUAGGUUCAGUAACAUGAAAAUGUUUUGUUAGAAGAAGUUCAUAGACAACUUCUUCUUGAUUUGGCUUUGAUAUUCGUCUGCUGUUGAAUCUUGUAAAUUCUGAAUAAAAUGUGAGGUUUGGUUCCAAAA